GGAGACAAUGGAGACGAAGUGGACUUACUGCGUCAUGUGUGCCAUCAUCCAGAUCCAUUUCCUCAGGGGAGUGUGGGAAGAAACAAUCAAUGCAGGUGAAGAUGUUUAUGCCUUACCUGGUUCUGAAGUCAACCUGACCUGUCAAACAAGGAAAACGGCCUUCCUGGUGCAGAUGCAAUGGUCCAAGGUCCCAACGCACAGGAACCUGAUUGCCGUUUAUCACCCUCAGCAUGGCUUCUGCUGUGCCAAGAAGAGUCCCUGUGAGUCCCUGGUGUCCUUCACGGAAAUGCCCCACAACGUGUUAAGGUGGACUUUGCAUUUAAGGAACCUGUCUUCCUCACUCAGCGGAAAGUAUGAGUGCAGCUUUACUCUCUAUCCAGAGGGCACUUGGACUAAAAUCUACAACCUUUUUGUUCAGACCAGUGUCGCACAGGAUGAGUGGAGAAGUAACCACACAAUAGAAAUCGAGAUAAAUGGGACUCUGAAAAUACCAUGCUUUCAAAACUUAUCUUCAGAAAUUUCGUCUGACUUCACCUUUGCAUGGUUGGUGGAGACGAAUGGGACUCAGGAACUACUUAUCAACCAAGACCACGUCAUCAGCAAUUCCACAUUAUUUAAAGACAGAAUCCAGCUAGGUCCAGACCACGGACUCCACCUUUCUCCAGUCCAAAUUGACGAUGAUGACCGGAAGUUCUCCUGCCUCGCUGCAGUCGGGCCUGGCACAAGCUUCAGGAGCACUACCACGGUGAAAGUGUUUGCUAAGCCAGAAAUCCCGACAAUGGUGGGAAAUUACUCCGUGGAUGGCUUGGAAGAGAGCACCUUUACCUGUGUUCUGAGGAACGUAUUUCCCACCGCAAAUCUCACCUGGUUUGUACAUGGAGGAUUUCUCCAAGGUGAAAAAGAAGAAAUAUGCAUCACUAAUGAAGCGAGAAAAGGCAAAGGUGGAUGUUCAGAACUGAAGUCGGUUUUAACAAGGGCACACAUUAAUGAAUCAGCCCAAUCGAACAACGUGACCAUCUGGUGUGCGGCUCUGUUUCCGGUUCCGGGGAAUAAAGUGCGGAGUAUCUCCUCUGAAAAGAUCUCGUUUUCCUUCGGUUCUGUGAAUCCUCCUACGGAUCCCCCACUCAGUGUUAUGGAAUCUACUCUUAACACCCAAUAUCCCACAGCCAACAGCGGACUGCCUACAACAUAUCCAGCUACAUCUUCGAUAACUCCUGCAGAUGUGAGCACCUCGACUCCAGACGCCACCCAUCAGAUUAGCAAUUCCAGUAUGACUACUCAAGGCUUCAACAACUCCUGGACCUCCAGAGGCGGAGAUGAUGAACAAUCAGUCUCGUGGCUACCCAGUGAGAGGAACGGAUUACCCCCCUCAGAGGCACACUCAACAUUUAGUGGGGCUGAGGUGAAUAAGCCCAAAGAUGGAAUGUCCUGGCCCGUGAUUGUCGCCGCUUUGCUCUUUUCCUGCAUGGUCUGCUUUGGCCUUGGCCUGAGAAAAUGGUGUCAGUAUCAGAAAGAAAUCUUGCAAAGACCCCCACCUUUCAAGCCGCCACCACCUCCUAUCAAGUACACUUGUAUUCAAGAUCCCCUUGGAAGAGAUGUGCCUUAUCACGAGAUGGAAACUCUCUAGU